AAACAGCAGGCUGUGCCCUGACUGGCUGCGCCGGCAAAUCUCCCCCUUUCCCAAGUAAACUGCAUGCAAAAAUCCCACAUGAUCAAGCAGCAGCGCCCGUGCCGCGAGCUGGCUGCUGCGCCUCCUCCGCGCCGCCAGCCCUCGCACGCACCCGCCGCCAGAGCCCGCCCGGCCGCACACGCGUGUGCAUGCAUGUGUGCGUGUGCACCGCGCUGCGCCCUGCCGCCGCCGCGGCCCCUUGCACACGCGCGUGCACGGCGGCACCCGGCGCGCCGAGGUUCUCCUAGGCUGCUGCUGCCGGAUUUGCACGCCGUGAAGGAACCGGUCAUUGCAAAAGGGGGCGUGACUGUUUAAAGAUUUUUUUUUCCUCCCAUAAAGCAUUUUUUUUUUUUUGCAAAACUGACUUUUGCCCCUCCAAUCCUCGUCGCUCUUUACGAUCCCUCCCUGCCUGCCGCUGCAUUCAAGUUUAUUUAUUUGCCUGCUGGCGUGGUAUAUUUUUCCUUGCUGCUCUUGCUGCUGCUUCAGAGGGAAAAGGGGAGCAGCUGUCGGGCAAGACCGAGAAGAAGAAGAAGUGGGGAUUUUUUUCGAUCUCCUUAUGUAGUCAUCUGAGGGGUGGAUUCCUCUUCGCCCACCCCCUCCCUGCUCCCUCAAACUGUUCUGUCCUUCCGCAGAAGUUGAUGUUCCUGGGACUGGACCCGGCUCGAGCACAGAGACGCUGCGCGCGGCUGCAGCCGGCGAUUCCCGCACCUCGCCGCGUCGCUGCCUUCGCGCCCUGUGCAGGAGAGGCGCGCCGACACCAGCACCGCCGGCGGAGUUGGCAGGCUUGAUCGUCCGCUUCUCCGGGGUUUUGCUCUUCUGCACGCCCUCUCAUAGAACAUUUUUCCCCAUCUCCUUGGUUUCCACGCCGCAAUAUUUCUUGGAUUGGCCUCUUUUUUUCGUUGCUUUUUUUUCCGCCUUUGCUGCUGCUCAGUCCUUGGUGCAUCCACCGCCCAGGAACAGGAAGGACAAGAAAACCACUCCACAAAGUCUCCUUCAAGACACUCUGCGUGCUGCAGAACAGGCUCCCCAACUCCAUCAGCGCAGCAGACAAACUCCUCAGGGUUUCUGCUCCCCCUCGCUUUGUUUUUUCUCUUUUCUUUUUUUUUUUUUCCGGGGGGCGGAGGGCGAGGAAGGAAGACACAAACUUUGUACUUUCCGAGCCGCUGGUACUUCUCGCCCGUCGCCCGUCCGGCUGCCUUUAACACACUGCCAGGACCCCCCGCGGGCUCCCGCUGCGAAGCGCUGCUCCCCCCCCGGCCGCGGCCCCCCGCGCCCCGCCGCCCCCCGCCCGGGGGCCGCGCACCCGGCCGCGCCGCUAGCGCCAGCGCCGCCUCCGCGGCCGCUCUUCGGCGGCGGCGCAGCGGCGCCCCUCGCCCGCCGCGCCCGGGGGGGCCCGGUGCAUGUCUCGCCGUGGGCUCCGCACGGGACUCCCGGUGAAUGAGCGCCGCCCGCCGCCUGCCGCCGCUCCGCGCCUCGGCUCCCGCCGGCCCCUGCCGGGGUGAGGCUCCCUGAGCGCCGCGGACCGCGCUACCGCGCCGCUGCCCCUCUGCGGCGGGAGGCGGCCUCGGCUCGCUGCGGCGCGGCGCCGGCGUGUGCCCGCGUCUCGCUGCUUUUCGCUUGCCCCCCCAGCUGGGCCCCUUCCCGCAUCGCCGCUGCUCGCCCGGCGCGAUGCUGCACGUGGAGAUGCUGCUGCUGGCGGCCGCGGCGCUGUGGGUGUGCGUGCGCGGGCAGGAGCCCGGCGCCAAGGCGGUGGCCGACCGCUACGCCGUCUACUGGAACAGCACCAACCCCAGAUUCCAGAGGGGUGACUACCACAUCGAUGUGUGCAUCAAUGAUUACCUGGAUGUGUUCUGCCCUCACUAUGAAGAUUCAGUGCCAGAAGACAAGACCGAACGCUAUGUUCUUUACAUGGUGAACUUUGAUGGUUACAGCUCCUGCGAUCACACCUCCAAAGGAUUCAAGAGGUGGGAGUGUAAUCGGCCGCAUUCACCAAAUGGACCAUUGAAGUUUUCAGAAAAAUUCCAGCUCUUCACUCCCUUCUCACUAGGAUUUGAGUUCAGGCCAGGCCGGGAAUAUUUCUACAUCUCUUCUGCGAUCCCAGAUAAUGGAAGGAGAUCCUGUCUAAAGCUUAAGGUCUUUGUGCGACCGGCAAACAGCUGUAUGAAAACUAUAGGUGUUCAUGAUCGUGUUUUCGAUGUUAACGACAAAGUAGAAAAUUCAUUAGAACCAGCAGAUGAUACCGUACAUGAGUCAGCCGAGCCAUCCCGUGGUGAGAACGCAGCACAGACACCGAGGAUACCCAGUCGGCUUUUGGCAACUCUAUUGUUCCUCCUGGCAAUGCUUCUGAUAUUAUAGCACAGUAUGCUCCAGCAACCUGUCGCAGAAAAUAUCAGGGUCUUGGAACAUCAAAGAUCCACCUAACUGCUCAUCCCAAGAAAGGGACUUUAUAUUGGUUUUGCAGAUGUCAAAUUGUUAUUUUUUCUUUUCCCUUUUUUCCCCUUUCAGCUUGAACUCUGAGCAAGAAUUUGAGGGGAAUAACUAGUUUCAGCACCCAUCCCUACCCUGUGACUUUCUUAACCCCUCCAAACAAAUAAAAGGACUCCAAAUGAAAAUGCCAAAUUAUAAUAGUGACACUAGUGAUUCUUAUUUUCCUCUGCAUUCUCCUUUAAGAAGUCACCGCUGUUAGCUCACUGUGUCAUCUGUAUGUGGACAAGAAUAGUGGCAGAUGCAGUCAGUGAAGGAUAAGGAAAUUCAAUGAAAGCCUGGGAGAGAUUUACUCUCCCAUACAAUAUUUAUGCCUUCUCAUUCAGCACUGUAAGAUGAUCGUGCAAGGCAUCGUGUCACCAUGUCAGGACUGGAGGGGAGAUAUUAACAAUAGAUAUAAUAUAACACCAUUUCCUCUAGGAGUUUCUAAAUGAAUGGGCUUCUAAAAGGAAAAGACAAUGUUUCUUACAGGACUGUCUUGAAACAUCUUUGACAGUAAAAUUUGUGCUUAGCAGUAGAAGUGCUGUCUUUGGUGAGAGGAAGAAGUUAAUAUUUAGGAAUGUUAGCACACAGCAGGCAAGGUCAGAUUUAGGAAACUUCACUGGGGGUAUGAGUGCCUCUGUUAUUUCUGUUUAAGUGGAUAGUGCAUACCAGAUUAUUUUAUUUCAAAACAGAUCACCAUGGUGCUACAAUUUUUUUUUUCUUGAAAUGCAAAGAGGCAUUUUUGAGAAUAAAGUGACCUUCCCCAGCGCUGACUUAGUAGCUGUUUAGCCUUGGAUGCUGCUCUGGGUGUUAAUACAUGCUAAGAGAGGAGGACAUCAGCGGCCAGAGGAAACCUGUUUGGGACACAGGAUCUUCAGUGUGCUCUUGAUUUGUCUCCCUGCAAGUUCCUCAAUCAUGGGAAUAAAACCCAAGUAGAAGAAGCCAGGACAGCCUAGUAGCAUUGUUUGGUGGGGGAAAGAAAAGAAGUGUGGAAUAUGAAUUCAAGUGUUGAUUUUAUAUCUUUUUUCCCCUUCCAGCACAAUUUGAAGAGUAGAGGAAACGUGUUUAUCAGCAGGAGAUAAACUAGAUGGGCUCCCAAAGACUUAACAAAAUAUUUUUUUAAAAAUCCACUAGAAUAGAAAAUACAUUAUUUAGAUAUACUUUAUGCUGAGAGUGAGUAUAUAUGCUUGUCCUAUUUAAACUUGUGAGAGAAGUGGUAGCCCUUGAUGCAAUUAGGAUAUGGAACUGUCUUGUUUGAUGGAAUUGAGAGGGACCCUGUUUAAGGAAUCUGAACCUUGGCUAAGGUAGAACUUGAAAAAGUCACCUGCCAGGAAAUGCAAGCCUUAGGGUUUUUUUUUUUUUUUUUGGCAAGGCUGCCAUGAAAUUUGAACUGCAAAGCAUAAUCAGGGAAAUAUCAGACCAACAUUGAAACAAAGCUUUUCUAGCAGAAACUGUGAUAGUUAUGUUAAAUGCAAAACAAAAUACAGAACACAAACAAAACAAGGAUUUUCUAUAUUAAUUCUGAAGAAAAUGUCUGGUAUAACAAAAUUGAGCGAUACCAUAAAUGGACAGCAUUUUGUGAUUUUUUGUUUUUAAAUGAAGAAAAGCUUUCCUGAAGUUGUAAGCAGCCUAUUAUUCAAGAAAGGAGGAAAGGGGUUAAGAUGUUAAGAUGUAAAGGGAGGUUGUAUGCAUGUUAAAGUAUCUGGACUUGCCUGAUACCGUACAGUAUGUCAAUUAAUGCAGAGCCUGCACUUACAGCAGGAAUCCAGGAAAUUUCCUCGAGUACCCAGCACAUGCAAUAAGGAGAGCCUGGCUAAACACUGACGGAUGUCAUUGUCUCGUUACAGCCUAGUUGGUACUCUGCUCUCAAUAAUGUGUGUGCACUUGGUGCAUGCGCUACUCCUACUACUUUCAGGUAGGAAUUAAAGAGGUUUGGAAGAGGUGAGCUGGAGGAUCAAAAUGCACCUUGCUGAAUGGAUUACUGACCAGAGUACAGAUGGUACUGCAUGAUACGUGACCAUAUUAAAAUGAUUCAUAACAAUUGUAGACAGUCAUACUGACAGUACCAAUUUCAUUUAGAAAUGGUGACCUUAUUUUUUCAUCCUUUGUCUCUAAAUGAUGUUGGACUUUGAGAUGUAUGUUUAUCCGCAGCAAGUUUUCUCCGCUAGUGUCACUCCUCGUGAAGUUCAGCCCUUCACUUCAUCAUAUAGCCAUGCUAAUUAGAUAAGCGAUAGCAAGAGUGGUGCAGCCAAUAGGCAGAUCCCUGCAUUACGGAGUGACAAGCUUACUAGACAUCAGUUUGAUACUUGAUGGCAUCAGGCAAUCCCACUCGUACCAAGUAAAUAAGUGCUGAUGGGUUUUGUGUUGAGCUGCAAAUCUCUGGAUGCUUUGAAGGAUGUUGGUGCGAACUGUAAGCAGAUUUCUGCUCCCCUCCGCUUUAUCUACCCCAUCUGAGGGAGUCGCGCGCUCUCAGUCUAGGUAGUUCACCCCUAUGACCUGCACUCCUGGUUGCCAAGGGCAUUGCAACGUGAAGCUGGGAAAUAUGGAUCAGUCAGUUUAGUGGAUACUGUGUAUCCUUUAAUAGACAAGGUAACAUUUCGUGUUAGUUUAGAAUAUUGUUUUGUACUGUACUUUCUUGGAUGGCAAAGGAAAGAUGAUUAAAACUUAAAGCUAUGUUCUUUAAAUUCUGUAUUAUUAGCAACCUCUGUUGUAUAUAGUGUUUGAUAAUAAAGUAUUAAUUUGAUUCUUAUGUCUUUUGUAAGUGAGAACAAUAGACUUUCAGGAUAUUAAAAUCACGCAUUGAUUACAAGACAGAGCUUUGAAGCAUCAAGUGUGAUCAUGGCUGAGAACUGAGUGACAAGUGGCCAUGACACCGCAGCAUACAGGACUCAUCUGUGAAAAUCGUUCAUCUAUUGCAAGACUUCACAAUGUCAAGACCUGGAACAUGACUUUUGAUGAUCAAUGUUUUGUCCUCAGUGUUUAAAGGUCUGAUGUUGGAGCCCUGUGGUUUCUGUGUUAGUUUUUUGUUCUUUUUUAUCAUGUUUUUUUCUAAAAAGGCUUUGGGGACCUAACAACUCUUCUAUUCUUUUGUUUCUCUCUUUUUUUCUUUUUAAAAGUUCUCUUUCCCUAUUUUCCUUCUGGUUUUGUUUCCAUGAAUAGUUUUUACAGAAAGGAUCUUGCCAGUGUCAUGUGUGAUAUGUGUACGUACUUGAUUCCAAAACAACUAGAGACAACUUUGGGAGGGAUCAAAUGUAGAUUAUUUCUUUUCCAGUAUAAUUGUGGAAGGAAAGGGGUUGUAUUUGUACCUGUUGAUUCCCACCCCUAGCCCUUAAAACUGAACUUUAUCCAUUGCCUUGUGAGAGCAAUGGUUCAGUCGCUUUCAGAAACUUAGAAAAGAGCGUUAACAACCCUCCACACUUCUCUCCCCUCUCCCUGCCCUUCCUCCUCCUCCUCCUCCCCCCCCCCCCCUUUUUUUAAUUUGGAGCUGUGAAUGAGCAGAUCUGUUUCUGGUCUGGCAUCACCGAGUUUUUCCCAUGCAUUCGCCCCCGAGCUUCUCGGAUGUGAGACAAAUCUCCCUACAAUAGGCUUGCUGCCAUUGUCUGUACAGUUUAAUAGAUGCUGGCAUGUUGGAGGUUACCCAUGAGUCUGCGAAAUCCGCUUUCCAUGCUUACUCUUGACACCCCAUUGAAGCCACUCAUUGUGUGUGCAUCUGGGUAUGAAAGUCCAGCUCAGUGUGGUCCUGUGCUUGUACUGCCCUGCUUUGCAGUUUCUUUGCACUUAUUCAUUGAGUGCUGUUUUUGAAAUGCUUACAUUAUAUGAACUUAAAAUGUUAAAAAAAAAAACAACCCCCCCGCCCCAUAAGAUCUGUAUUUGUAUAUACACGUGUCCGUACAAUUAUACUUAAAUAAAAUUAAAGAUUUUCAUCAUUUUAA